AUGUUUGACGCUAAAUCCGCUCUUACUUUGUUUCGCAGUAGCUUGAAGCAGCUAUGCACUGCUACGUCUUCAGCUUCUUCUUUUAGUGCACCUUAUGCUGUGCGCUUUAAGCACGAGUACGCGCCGCGAUUUGUCAAGGUUGGCAAGAAGCACAAAGGCCGCGUCCCUGUGCGCAUUGGUGGUUCUAUCAAAGGUUCCACGUUACAAUUUGGUCAAUACGGCCUGCGCCUCAAGAGCGAUGGUGUUCGUUUAGCUGCUAUUCAGCUCAAGGAGGCCGAUAACUGGCUUAUGCGUACUAUGCGUGCCAACGGUGCUCAGCUUAUCCGCCGCCUUCAGACUAACAUUGCUGUCUGUGUUAAGGGUAACGAAACCCGUAUGGGUAAGGGCAAGGGUCCCUUUGAUCACUGGGCAGUCCGUGUUCCUACUGGCAAGAUUCUCUUCGAAAUCAACGGUCCUAAUCUCCACGAACAAGUUGCUAGAGAUGCUUUCCGCGUGGCUGCUGACAAGCUUCCUGGGAUUUAUGAAGUCGUCACUCUUUCCGACAAGCCUAAGGCAGGCUUUGAUCGGGUUGACGUUCCAGAAAAGGUCAAUGUUGUUCAAAAUAUGUUGGCAAACCCGACAAAAAGAAUGGCCAACAUUUUGAAGUCGAAGGAAGACUUUUACAAGAAGUACAGACGAUGA